AUGGAACUCAUUGAUCCCCAAAAUCCUAGGCUUUUAACAAAUCUCGAAGUUCUGAAGCUUAUCAAAGAUAAACUUGAAUCUAAAAAGAAAGUCAGGCGCCAGCAAACGCUAUUGUAUACGGGCGCAAAGUAUUUAAAUACCAAAUCACCUUGUAGCAAACAAGAAGAAUCAGGAGUACAGGGAUUUGCUAAUGAUGUCAAGGUAUUUAAUUUAACAAAAUCUGAGAUUCUCAUGCUUAUCAAUCACUGUCCCAGUAGUCAAGUGGAGCUAUCGGUAAUAAUCAGUGAUUUGGAUUCUCGAUUAUCUAACAGUCAAACUGACCAACUCUUACAAUUAGUAGAAAAGCAUUUCCCUGAUGGUGUUACUGCAAGUCAAAUGAUCAAUUCCACUGGUACAUUAGAGGCAUCUGAAGAUAUCACAUAA